CUCCAAAGAUUGACAUCUCUGAGUAAUCAGUGGGAUUGCAAAGCUGACGUAUACAAACAAAAUAGUUACUUGAAAAUGUACAAUUACAACACUUGAAUCAACAGGGAAAUAAAAAUUAAACCACAAAAGGCCUCCAAAGAGAAUUAACUUAGUGUAAAAUAUGUCACAAAUGAGAAGCAAUUCGGUAACUGCCGAAAAAACAAGCAUACAUGAUAUGUUGAAGGAGACACCACCAAAUGAAAACCACAAUAAUGUAGUGCCUGGUAUACAGACCAAUCCUAUUUGUCCAUAUUCUCGAUCUGUACCUACAGGACUCUCGUCUUGCACCAGUUCCCCAGCUAUUUUAACCCCAACAUCACCUAUUUCCAAUGAUGAUUCCACAAUCCUCAGAACAUCUUCUAGAAUUGAAAAUAUUAAAAAUUGGUCAAUAUCCACGUAUAAAUGUACCAAGCAAUUGAUGUUUGAGAAAUUGGGAAAGUCUUCUAGAACGGUUGAUGCUGAGCUUGAAAUGCAAAUUAAUCUUCUUCGGGAAACCCAGAAGAAGUAUAGUCAAAUUUUACGAUUAGCCCGUGUAUUAGCUAAUCAUUUCUACCAUGUUGUUCAAACUCAGCAUGCAUUAGGCGAAGCUUUUUCUGAGUUAGCUCAAAAAUCACCAGAACUUCAAGAAGAAUUUCUAUAUAAUGCAGAAACCCAAAGAAAUUUGACGAAAAACGGCGAAACUUUGUUGGGAGCUUUGAAUUUUUUCAUUUCAUCUGUAAAUACCCUUUGCAAUAAAACAAUUGAAGAUACAUUACAAUCCAUUAGACAUUAUGAAAAUGCCCGAAUUGAGUAUGAUGCUUACCGUACUGAUUUAGAAUCCAUGUCCACUAAACCAGAUGGUACUGCUGGUUUAGAAGAGGCCCAACAAGGUUUUGAAGCUCAUAGAGAACAGUUCAUGAAGCUCCGCUCUGAAGUCACCAUUAAAAUGAAAUUUUUAGAUGAGAAUAGGAUUAAGGUGAUGCAUAAACAGCUACUCUUAUUCCAUAAUGCCAUAUCUGCUUAUUUCUCUGGUAACCAGACGGCCUUGGAAGCAACCCUCAAACAGUUCAAUAUUAAAGUCAAAACACCAAAUUCAACUUUUCCCUCAUGGUUAGAGCAGUGAAUCCAAAUUAGAUAUUGAACUUUCAAAGAAUGCCACUAGCUUGUACUUAUUUCAUAAAAGUUAUUCGAUUGGAGAUUCAAUUAUUUGCCAGUAUUGUUGUAAAUAACAUGACACUAAAGUAGGAUGAAAGUGAUACUGUUUUCAUCGAAUCCUAUCCGAGUUUUUAAUUCAGAUGAGAGAUGAAAAAGCCAUUUUAUUUAGUCAACUACUCUUUGUAUUUAAUAACCAAAUAUACUUAAUAGCUUCGUUUAUGAACUAAAUUAUAAAUUUCAAUAAAAGAUAUGUGUGUCUUGUUAACACUAAAUCUCAUGGUUUUACAUGAACUGUAGUGUUGCUAAGAAGUGUGUUAGUGUUUUUAAUUUAUUGUAACCUGCAUAGCCACGUUUUGAAAAUAUCGAAUUUUGAUUAAUAAAAUUCAAGUAACAAGA